AUGGCCAUGCAGAAUAUGCAGCAGCAGCAUCCAACAGCUCCUCUUCCUGCCCCGUUUCUCAGUACCAAUGAUGGUAGCCGCCGCCGCGUGAUUGCUUUCACAACCCCUCAAAAUUACGCCGCCAGGCUCUCCCACCUCCUCCGCCUCAAGGGCUGGUUCCCACUCUGGUCCCCCUCCGUCAUCGUCGAAACCACUCCUCAAACCAACUCCUCCCUCCACCUUCACCUCCUCUCUUCCCCAAUCCCUAACCCUAACCCCACAAAACCCCCUCUCGAACACUUCUCAGCCAUUGCAUUCACUUCCAGAACCGGAAUUUCAUCCUUCUCCGAAGCCCUAGCCGAUCUCCAUCAACCCCCACUGUCCCCCUCCGGCCACAUAUUCACCAUCUCUGCUCUCGGCAAGGACUCCGAGCUCCUGGACUCUGCUUUUGUUCACAGACUCUGCCAAAAUCCUCGGCGAAUCAAGAUUUUGGUUCCUCCUAUUUCGACGCCUACUGGCCUGGUCGAGUCGCUAGGGUUGGGAUCCGGACGGAGAGUUCUGUGUCCGGUUCCAGCGGUGGUGGGGCUCGAAGAACCGCCUGUAGUUCCAAAUUUCUUGCGCGAGCUGGUUUCCAAGGGUUGGGUUCCGGUGAGGGUGAAUGCGUACGAGACGCGGUGGGCGGGGCCCAAGUGCGCGGAGGCGGUGGUGAGGAGGAGCCAAGAGGGGGAGGGUUUGGAUGCUGUUGUGUUUACGAGUACGGGAGAGGUGGAGGGGCUGUUGAAGAGCUUGAGGAUGGAGUAUGGUUUGGAUUGGGGGAUGGUGAAGAAGAGAUUUCCUGAACUGGUGGUGGCGGCGCACGGCCCUGUCACUGCUGCUGGAGCCGAGAGGUUGGGCGUCGGCGUGGAUGUCGUGAGUUCUAGGUUUGAUAGUUUUGUUGGAGUUGUUGAUGCACUUGAUUUGAGAUGGCAAUCUUUAGAAUGUUAA